AUGGGCGGUCCCACAGGUCCCGAACCUGUAUUUGAUGCCUAUGACUUCCCAGCAAACCGUCUUCACAAACUUGAUUGGGCGGUCACUACCUCAUCCAACAUCAACGCCGCUCAGGACCGUUCACAAUUCGUAAGAUACCAAAAGGUCCAUAUGCUAACGAAGGAAGGUCAUGAAAUCUAUGGAUACGGGGAUAUACGUCUCCUCGUCCCAACCAUGUCUAACAUCGGCCGCGACGGCGUUGCUCUAAUAGAGCUUCAUCGAGUUUUCCAUAUUCCGUCUUUGGAGUACAAUGUUUUGGGAUUACCCAUGAUAAACCAAUAUGGGCUCCUUAUGCCGAGGCUUCGACUUCUGGGGCGCGGGAAGGACAAUACGACUAUCAGUGCGGAGGACCAGUAUUUAAGUGAUAUAAUAAUGGGUACGAAUCAUCUCGAGGCAGUGAUGUCUUCGCCGUUUCGUCCCGAUUCUGAAGCGCCGGGUGACGUCAAGGGUUCUAGUUGGCCAUCUGCAGAGGCUCUUCGAGGUGCUAUAUAG